CUUUGUCAGAAUGCUGAGAGGAGAUUCCGUUCUCUCGAUCAAGUGCGGCAACCACAGCUCUGCUUUCUAGUGCCAGCUGUCACCAGCUUGCACAAAAAGGAUUGUUUUCACAUUGAGGGAGGAGGUGCGAAAAAGAAACACAAAUAAUAGGUAAACACCCUUUUGGAUAUAACAGGAUUAUGGCUGCUAAUUCAUCAACAGUGCGGAUUCUUAUUAAAGGUGGCAAAGUGGUGAAUGAUGAUUUUACACAGGAGGCAGACGUUUACAUCGAAAAUGGGAUUAUUCAACAAGUUGGCCGGGAGCUCAUGAUUCCAGGAGGUGCAAAGGUUAUUGAUGCUACUGGAAAAUUGGUCAUUCCUGGGGGCAUUGACACCAGUACCCACUUUCAGCAGAGUUUUAUGAAUGCCACCUCCGUGGAUGACUUCUACAACGGGACUAAGGCUGCUCUGGUGGGUGGGACCACAAUGGUCAUUGCUCAUGUUUUACCAGACAAAGACACAUCACUUCUGGAGGCAUAUGACAAAUGCCGAGCAGUGGCAGACCCCAAAACCUGCUGUGAUUAUGCUCUACAUGUUGGGGUUACCUGGUGGAGCUAUAAGGUACAAGCUGAAAUGGAAACUUUGGUAAGAGAAAAGGGAGUGAACUCCUUUCAGAUGUUCAUGACCUAUAAGGACUUGUACAUGCUGCGUGACAGUGACUUGUAUCAGGUGAUGCGAACCUGCAAGGAUAUUGGGGCUGUGGCACGAGUCCAUGCUGAAAAUGGAGAACUUGUGGCCGAGGGUGCUAAAGAAGCCUUAGACUUGGGAAUAAGUGGACCAGAGGGUAUCGAAAUCAGCAGACCAGAGGAACUUGAGGCAGAAGCAACACACAGAGUGAUUACAAUCGCCAACAGAACCCACUGUCCUAUUUAUUUAGUCAAUGUGUCCAGCAUGUCCGCAGGUGAUGUUAUUGCGACUGCUAAAAUGCAGGGAAAAGUUGUUCAUGCAGAGACAACCACCGCUCAUUCUGUGUUAAAUGGAUUGCACUAUUACCACCAGGACUGGUCACAUGCAGCAGCCUAUGUCACUGUACCGCCACUCAGACUUGACCCCAAUACACCCAAUUAUCUAAUGAGCCUACUUGGAAAUGACACUUUGAAUGUUGUAGCUUCAGACCACCGCCCCUUCACCACAAAGCAAAAAGCCAUGGGAAAAGAAGAUUUCACUAAAAUCCCACAUGGAGUCAGUGGUGUUCAAGACAGGAUGAGCGUCAUCUGGGAGAGAGGAGUGGUAGGAGGUAAGAUGGAUGAAAAUCGCUUUGUUGCAGUGACAAGUUCAAAUGCUGCCAAGAUUUAUAACUUGUAUCCAAGAAAGGGAAGGAUCAUACCUGGGGCAGAUGCUGAUGUGGUUGUCUGGGAUCCAGAUGCUACAAGGACUAUUUCUGCUAGCACCCAGGUCCAAGGUGGGGACAUUAACCUGUAUGAAAAUCUUCGUAGCCAUGGAGUACCCCUGGUGACUAUCAGUCGAGGCAGAGUGGUCUAUGAGAAUGGAGUGUUUAUGUGUGCAGAAGGCACAGGAAAAUUCUAUCCACUGAGAACUUUUCCUGAUUUCCUUUACAAGAAGAUGGUUCAGCGAGAAAAGUGCCAGUCCCUAAAGGGUGUGGACCGCAAUCCAUAUGUGGGUGAUGUUGCAGUGGUGCAUAACUCUGGAAAAAAGGAAUCUGGAUCAUCAGAUGCUGACACCCCCACUAGACCUGUGACAAGACACGGUGGCAUGAGGGAUCUUCAUGAAUCUACUUUUAGUUUAUCUGGUGCCCAGGUGGAUGACCAUGUCCCAAAGAGGUCUUCUGCUAGGAUCCUGGCUCCUCCAGGUGGCAGAUCCAGUGGAAUUUGGUAAUCAUGACUUCCCAACUCUGGACCAAAUAAAGCAGCAAGAGUUCAAGAAAACACCUUCACCAUGCUGCAGCACUAAAAUAUUGUGUCUUGUAAAAACAGACGAGGGGCAAGCAAAGAACACUGCACUGAUUUUUUUUUAUUGAAAGGUGCUUAGAAUAUCUUCAACUCUAAUGGUACACUGUUACACAGGCAAACAAUGGAACUUCACUCUGAAGCUGCAUUGGAAAUCUAGAGCUAGAAACAUAGGGACAGAUUUGAAAAUGUGUGUGUUUGAAAGAACGCCUGCUGAUGUUGUGUGUGAAAAAGAAUAAUAAGCAAGACUAUAAAAUGCACUUGGUUAUUUAUUAUAAGUAAUUAAGUUUUGUCUUUUAAAAUUAUCUGAUCUAACUAAUUUCAAAUAAUUUAUAAUAUGUAACAAAGAACCACUCAAAGAAAUAGUGGGAGUCUACUAGUCUCCCAUUUUAAAGUUUAGUACGUUCUAGAGGUGAUUUCAUUGUCUGUGUUGUACAUGCAGAACAGCCCCAAGAAUUUUCUUGUUUUCUUUUUGAUUCUGCCAUGGCUGCUGUGUAAGGUUUUAAAGCACCAUUAAAAGCAAAAAAAUAUGUAGUGCAGGGUAAAACAAACUUUAAAUCAUGGAACCUUUAAAAUACCGUAAUCCAUUAGAUGGAUACUGUAUGUGAUAUGCUUCUCUAAAAAUUCUGCUUAAAAAUAAGUUUCAAAACGUCAUGCCAAUACGUUUAAUCCUUCAAAAAUAUAAGUUGUCCUAUGGCUUUUGAUUAUACAGUAUUAAGUGUUUAUUGCGGCAAUAAAGUAAAAAAGGCAGUUCCAAAAAGCUAUUAGUAAAAACGUCUUUUGACAUCUUUUUUUUUUUGGUUAAAUGGUAGAUAAUUGUUUUUAUUAGAUUUUCAGAAAUUAGUUAAAUGGUGUUAAGUGGGUCAGAGUUUCAUUCUUAGUAUUUCACUACUAUUACAGCCUCAUGUCUCUUCACAGAACUCAUUAAAGUCAACAGUAGCAGUACAAGACUUUACCUGAGCCAUUUUUGUUUUUCCCAUGAAAUUAGCCAGUUUAAAGAUAAAUCAGUUAAAAAAUUCCUUUAGUCAUAUAUGGUAAACCAUAAAACAAAGAAAAAUGUUUUUCCAUUUUUGUUUUUUCAUAUUCUAACCGAAUAAAAAAAUAAUGGAAUUCCUUAGAAAGGAUCCGUUUUCUAAGCCCUGUCAUAACAGGAUUCAAUUGUUGUAAAAUAAUUGCUAAACAAUAAUGUAAACUCCUCUGGUAUAUUCAGAUUUAACUCAGCCUGCCUAAGUGUGUCCACACUGGAGGUCUUUUUGUUCCUGUGCCACUGUUGCCUACUGUAAAGUGCAAUUCAGUGUUUGGCAGCACAGCCGACACUACCGCUAUUCUCAAUGGUAGAAGUUUCCAUUGAAAUCUUCCAUUGUUUUUAUUAAGAGUUAUUCCGCCAUUACUUGUUCCUGAAUAACUGAAGAUAACACCUGAUAAAUACUUAAGAAACUUUUCACACUUGCACAACAAUAUUACCAGUUUUAAAUUAACACUUCAACUAUGUAUGAAAAUUACAAAGUUAUUGAAUUUCUUUUGCCAUGAUUCAUAACAGAAAUGAAGCCUACAGUUAAUAAAAUUUUUUUUUAAAUCUUAAUAUUCUCUUCACCUAAUUGAAAUAAUCAAUGUAAUUCUGUGUAUCAGCCGUAAUUUGUUUUACAGAAAUGUUCAUUUGAGCAAUUUUUUUCUCAUAAAAACAAACAUUAAGGUGAUUACUGAAUACGACCAUCCGUGCAUAUUAACAUUCCUACCCGUAAACGGUGCUGGCAUGUUCCUGUUCUUCUUCCACACUGCAGAAGCAGGCUGUCUUCUGUUGUCAUGAGCUCUGUAGUUUUGGUGACCAGUUCACACAGUGUGUCAGGACCAGAUGGAGAAUUCAUUCCUUAAACUGAAGUUGCUGCUUUUAACUGACCCAGGUUAACAUUUCAAAAACUUUAUGCAUGCUUUUGUAACGUGAUUCAUUUUUGGCAAAAAGUUAAAGAAAUAUUUAACCUUUCAAUGAAAUAUUUUAAAAACACGUUUCUGACAGUGGUCCCAGUCUAUGGACAAGUGUUUUUUUAAUAACAGUAUUAAUGAAAAAAUAAAUAAGUAUCGAAAGUCUUGUCUAUUAUUUUACUGACAAAUUAGAAACUCAUAAUAAAUCUCACUGAUCUUUACCUGGCACCAGGAAAUUCUAAGAGUGUCUGCUUACACGUGUGCCACUUGCCUGUGGUCUGAUCUAAGAGAACAAAAAUGAUGGGCAAAAGGAUUUCAUCAGAUUCAUGGAUUUCCCCUUCCAUCUGUGCCAGGGCUGUAUACAGCGUCUUCCGUCUCAAUGCCUCUUCUUUGAGAAUGACACUUCUUCCUUAAAUUGUAAAAGUGGUGAGUCAAGUGCAUCAUUUCUAUAAAUUGCGUAAAUCUGACUGUUGUACGGCAGUGGAUGGUGACGUCUUCAGAGGCUGAGUUCAUUAGCUAUUUCAUUUUAUGUGAAUGUGUGUGUCUCUCUCUCAUAUUUGUAGACACUGAGACCACUGGUCUCUCCCGUUACUGUGACACAAAUGAUCAGUGUGUGGUCUGUCUGUUUAUUGGCUGGUAGAUGGACAAUUAAUUCGUUUCUUUUGAUGAUAUCACUUCCCUUAGGCUGGGCAUACACUGCUCUGCAAGGGACCUGUUGCUGCAGCUUAUUAAUUAUUUCCUAAACAGGAUUAGCUUGCACUACACUGCAUACCCACAAUUAUUUAUCUAGUAUAAGAAAUCACCCAUAUGCAUUUGCUUUUAGUCAAAAAAUCUAAAUAAUUCUACAUAUAACUUUUCACAAUUUAAACACCAGAACCAUAAUUAGUCUUGUCAGGGAGGUCACAGAGAUUUUUGAAUAGUGGAAGCAAUUAGAACAGUAUGGAGGUCAUUCACAGAUUUCGCUUCCAGGUCGAGAUUUACCAUCUCUUAUGAGACUGCAGUAACGACUGAGGACCUUAGUUACCUUCUGCUCACCAUCAUGUGUUUGAACAGCUUUGUUUAGUUUUCUUACAUGAUAGUGAGUUACUGACUGUCAAAGUAGUUGUUGAAUUUGAUUAUAAUAAUGUUUAUUAGCAAAAGAAAUCACAAACAUGUAAAGUGUAUUAUACUCAAAUCAGUGUUACUUCUUGAUCUUAAAGUACCCCAGAUGGCUCGAUGACACCCACUGGGCUGUACCAGAUCUUACCUUUUUAUUGUCAGCCAUAUCGACUGCACCAUAAGCAAGAGCACACACUUCUUAUUAAAAUAAUGUUGAAAUGGCAGCUUGGAAAUCAAAGAAAUGAAAUCGAAUCAGUCUUCUCUUAAAGCACUCAAACACCAUGAGUACAGGCUGCACUUUAGGUGUAGGUCACAUAUUAUUGCCAUGUUACGUUACUUAAUAGGACAAAAUGGCUGUAUGUGCUAAAGCUGAGAGUUUCGUAUGCAACAACUGUGAACUUGAUUCCUCUUCUCCUGUUCUUUUAUCUGCAAAAUGAACAAAGUGACUGUUCAGAGUAGUUAGUAAUCUGAUGGAAAAUGAACACUAGUUUGUUUGCCUUUUAUUUUUGCAAAGCCACAACAUGCCAGUAUUCUCCAUGGAUGUAACUAAGAAAGUAAUACCGAAAAUAGCAAAUGUCAUAAUUUUAGAAAAUGGCGUAAACAGCAAAUAUAAACUGUUUUUAUUCUUUCUGAGUACAGCAUAUCAAACCUUCCAUAAAACACAAAAGUAAAUAUUUUUACGUGGAAAGCACUGGCAGUUAUGUCACUUUUGUAAAAUGUACAAUUUUUAAACUUUUGACAUAUCAAUUAUUUAUACAUUGUUUUCUAAUUUGCGCACAUGACUUGUUUUAAGGAGGAUGUUAAUCAUAAAUCAUUCUGUAGUCAUUGUUUUCAUUCCUGUUGUCACUACUGUAUAACUGAUAGCAAUCAACUGCAUGGGCAUAAAGCUUCUGUGUUUUAGAUACUGAAAGGUUUCUUUUAUAUUAAAGAAGCACUUUGUGAAAAGUUUGUGAUUGUAUGUAUCUGUAGAGAAUCGUGUUGAAAGGUAAUAUUAAACAAAUGGUUUGUUUGUUAUCACAUGAAUGAGUGUAAAAUAAAGCCACUUAGGAUUCUCACAA